AUGGUUAUAGUUACACGGGGUGACUAUAUUUGGAUUGAGCCAAUUUCGGGCCAGGAAUUCGAUGUUGCCAUCGGAGCCAAAGUUAUAUCAGCCGAAGGGAAGCGCAUCCAAGUACGUGAUGACGAUGGAAACACCAUCUGGCUCUCGGCUGAACGUCGAAUCAAGGCCAUGCACGCGUCAUCCGUUCAAGGUGUCGAAGAUAUGAUAUCGCUCGGUGACUUGCACGAAGCCGGCAUCCUACGAAAUCUUCUAAUUCGUUAUCAGGAGAACUUAAUUUAUACUUACACGGGUUCAAUUUUAGUCGCCGUAAACCCAUAUCAAGUACUUCCCAUUUACACGUCGGACCAGAUAAAGCUCUACAAAGAGCGCAAAAUUGGCGAAUUACCUCCCCACAUCUUUGCGAUCGGUGACAAUUGUUACGCGCACAUGAAACGCUUCAAGCAGGAUCAGUGCAUUGUGAUAUCCGGGGAAUCGGGUGCCGGCAAGACUGAGAGCACAAAAUUAAUUCUGCAGUAUUUAGCAGCAAUCAGUGGCAAACACUCCUGGAUUGAACAGCAAAUUUUGGAAGCUAAUCCCAUUUUGGAGGCAUUUGGUAAUGCGAAAACCAUUCGGAACGACAAUUCUUCCCGUUUUGGCAAAUACAUCGAUAUCCAUUUCAAUGUGAACGGCGUCAUCGAAGGUGCCAAAAUCGAACAAUAUUUACUCGAAAAGUCGCGAAUUGUCUCGCAGAACAAGGAAGAACGGAAUUAUCACAUUUUUUAUUGUCUCCUUGCCGGAUUGUCAAAUGAGGAGAAAAAAUUACUGCAUUUAACAACUGCUGGCGACUACAGAUACCUCAGCAGUGGUGGUUGCAUUUCGUGUGAGGGACGAAAUGAUGCUUCGGAAUUCGCUGAUAUCCGAUCUGCCAUGAAAGUUUUGUGCUUUUCGGAUCAAGAAAUUUGGGAGAUUUUUAAAUUACUUGCUGCCUUGCUGCAUACCGGGAACAUCCAGUACAAGGCGAUUGUCGUGGAUAAUUUGGAUGCCACAGAAAUUACGGAGAAAAAUGCCGUGGAACGUGUUGCGAGCUUGAUUGAGGUGUCAGUUCAGUCACUUGUGAACGCCUUAACGCGAAAAACGCUGUUCGCCCAUGGCGAGGUCGUUGUUUCGACUUUGAGUCGCGAUCAGUCGGUCGACAUUCGAGAUGCUUUUGUCAAAGGCAUUUAUGGACGCAUGUUUGUGUUUAUCGUGAAAAAAAUUAAUGCAGCGAUUUACAAGCCAAAAACAUCCACACGAAGCGCUAUUGGAGUUCUCGAUAUUUUUGGCUUUGAAAAUUUCGAUAAUAACAGUUUUGAGCAAUUUUGCAUCAACUUUGCCAAUGAAAAUUUGCAACAAUUCUUCGUUCAGCACAUUUUCAAGCUGGAACAGGAGGAAUACAAUAACGAAGGAAUAAACUGGCAACAUAUCGAGUUUGUCGAUAAUCAAGACGCCUUGGACUUGAUUGCCAUCAAGCAGCUUAGUAUCAUGGCGCUGAUCGAUGAAGAAGCCAAAUUUCCCAAAGGAACGGACCAAACGAUGCUUGCCAAGUUACACAAAGCUCAUGGAACUCAUAGAAAUUAUUUGAAGCCCAAAAGUGACAUUAACACCUCUUUUGGCUUGAAUCACUUUGCGGGAAUCGUCUUUUAUGACACGAGAGGCUUUUUAGACAAAAAUCGCGAUACAUUUAGUGCGGAUUUGCUUCAGCUUAUUUCGUCGUCUCGUAAUCGCUUCUUGCAAACAGUUUUCGCGGAUGACAUUGGAAUGGGAGCUGAAACGAGAAAACGAACGCCGACACUGUCAGCGCAGUUUAAGAAGAGUUUGGAUUCGUUAAUGAGAACUCUUUCAUCUUGCCAGCCGUUUUUCAUUCGUUGCAUCAAGCCGAAUGAGGUUAAAAAGCCUGCAUUGUUCUGUCGCCAACUAUGUGCCCGUCAACUAAAGUACUCGGGAAUGAUGGAAACCAUUAGAAUUCGUCGUGCUGGCUAUCCAAUCAGACAUAAUUUCCGUGAUUUUGUCGAACGUUACAGAUUUUUGAUCAACGGAAUUCCGCCAGCACAUAAAGUCGAUUGUAAAAUGGCCACGUCGAAAAUUUGUGCCGUUAUCUUGGGACGAACUGACUAUCAAUUGGGACACACAAAGGUUUUCCUCAAAGAUGCCCAUGAUUUAUUCCUCGAACAGGAACGAGAUCGUGUUCUUACGCGAAAAAUUUUGAUUCUUCAACGGUCGAUCCGCGGUUGGGUCUAUCGACGUCGAUUCCUGCGAAUGAAAGCUGCCGCAAUUGUCAUUCAGACCACGUGGAAAGGCUACAGUCAACGCCGACGUUACAUGCGCAUGAAAUCCGGAUACAUGCGACUUCAGGCUCUCAUUCGUUCACGCGUUUUAAGCCAAAGAUUAAAACAUUUGCGUGGACACAUCGUCGGAUUGCAGUCCCACAUGCGUGGUUUCCUUGUGCGACGCGAAUACGGACACAAAAUGUGGGCCAUCGUGAAAAUUCAAUCGCACAUCCGCAAAGUUAUCGCGAUGCGGCGUUACAGAAAACUAAAAUUAGAAUAUCGACGACAUCAUGAAGCAUUGAAGAUGCGAAAAAUGGAGGAAGAUCAGCUGAAACGACAGGGUAACAAGCGCGCUCAAGAAAUUGCCGAGAAACAUUAUCUCGAUAGACUGAACGAAAUCGAGAGACGCGAGCACGAAAUUGAGCUGGAGGAACGUCGCAAGAUGGAACAGAAGAAAAAUAUUAUUAACGAUGCGGCACGGAAGCAGGACGAGCCCGUGGAUGAUCAGAAACUAGUCGAAGCGAUGUUUGACUUCUUGCCGGACUCAAGUAGUGAAGCUCCCACACCGUACGGCGGAAAAGGACCUUCGAUAUUCAACGACCUGCCAAAUGAUAAACACGAAACGGAGACAGUUGUCGACGACGGCAUCGGACUUUUCCAGCAAAUUUCCGAUGAUGACGAGGAUUUAUCGGAAUUUAAUUUCCAAAAAUUCGCCGUCACCUAUUUCCAGGGCAACGUAACUCAUUAUUAUUCGAGAAAAGCGUUAAAACAUCCUCUGUUGUCGUUGCAAGCGCAGGGAGAUCAACUAGCGGCACAGGCUUUAUGGAUAACCAUCUUGCGUUUCACGGGCGAUCUUCCAGAACCGAAAUUCCAUACAGGCGAACGCGAUAAUACGUCAGUCAUGUCGAAAGUUACUGCAACGCUAGGACGAAAUUUCAUCAAAAGCAAGGAAUUUCAAGAAGCUCAGCUGAUGGGAAUGGACACCGAGAGUUUCGUGAAACACAAGCCACGUUCAAUCCGUCACAAAUUAGUCUCGUUGACGUUAAAGAAGAAAAAUAAGCUCGGUGAUGAUGUUCGGCGUCGUCUUCAAGAAGAAGAAUAUACUGCCGAUAACUAUCAAUCUUGGCUGGAAUCGCGUCCGACAUCAAAUCUCGAAAAAUUACAUUUUAUCAUUGGACAUGGAAUUCUCCGUGCUGAACUUCGUGACGAAAUUUACUGUCAAAUUUGCAAACAGCUCACGAAUAAUCCCUCAAAGUCUUCGCAUGCACGUGGAUGGAUCCUUCUGUCGUUGUGUGUGGGAUGCUUUGCGCCUUCAGAAAAAUUUGUGAAAUAUUUGAGAUCGUUUAUUCGUGCCGGACCUCCUGGUUAUGCGCCAUAUUGCGAGGAUCGCUUACGGAGAACGUUCAAUAACGGCACGAGAAAUCAACCGCCGUCGUGGUUGGAGUUGCAAGCGACAAAAUCGAAGAAACCCAUAAUGUUGCCGAUCACUUUUAUGGAUGGAAAUACAAAAACGCUGCUGGCUGACUCGGCAACGACUGCUCGAGAGCUUUGUAAUCAGUUGUCGGAUAAAAUAAACUUGAAGGAUCAGUUUGGAUUUUCAUUGUACAUUGCGCUUUUUGAUAAAGUUUCGUCAUUGGGCAGUGGAGGUGAUCACGUAAUGGACGCAAUUUCACAAUGUGAACAAUACGCAAAGGAACAAGGUGCUCAAGAACGUAAUGCUCCAUGGAGACUCUUCUUCAGGAAAGAAAUUUUCGCUCCCUGGCAUGAUCCACUAGAAGAUGCCGUUGCUACAAAUUUAAUUUAUCAACAAGUUGUCCGAGGAGUCAAAUUCGGCGAAUAUCGUUGUGAUAAAGAAGAAGACUUAGCCACAAUCGCUGCUCAGCAGUAUUACAUUGAAUACAGUACUGACAUCUCCGUUGAAAAGCUCCGGAUGUUGCUGCCGAACUUUAUUCCCGAUUAUUGCUUGAACGGCAUCGAUGACGCUUUGGAGAGAUGGAAAACGCUAGUCUUAUCUGCUUACAAGAGGAGCUACUAUGUCAAGGAAAAAGUUCAGUCGUUGCGUGUGAAGGAAGAUGUAGUCAAUUAUGCCAAAUAUAAAUGGCCAUUAUUGUUCUCGAGGUUCUAUGAAGCUUAUAGAAAUUCUGGACCAAAUCUUCCUCAAAAUGACGUCAUAAUUGCCGUCAAUUGGACCGGCGUGUAUGUCGUCGAUGAUCAAGAGCAAGUUUUACUGGAAUUAUCGUUCCCGGAGAUCACAGCAGUGUCAAGUCAAAAAACGAACAAAGUUUUUACGCAAACAUUUAGUUUAUCGACCGUUAGAAAUGAGGAAUUUACGUUCCAAAGUCCCAAUGCUGAAGAUAUUCGUGAUUUAGUGGUGUUUUUCCUUGAAGGAUUAAAAAAGAGAUCAAAAUUCGUCAUUGCUCUUCAAGAUUAUCAAGCGCCAACAGAAUCGUCAAAUUUCUUAUCUUUCCUCAAAGGAGACCUUAUUAUUCUCGAGGAAGACAGCACCGGUGAGUCCGUUCUGAAUUCCCGUUGGUGCAUCGGUCGUUGCGAACGCACACAAGAUCGUGGUGAUUUUCCCGCAGAAACUGUCUAUGUCUUGCCAACGCUUUCGAAGCCGCCCAAUGAUAUCGUUGCCUUAUUUAACACGGACGAGGCUGAAUCGGGCAGGAAAUUGAAUGCCAGUAGCACGAUGAGUGUCAAUGAUUUAUCUGAACGACCGCAUACGUUGUUCGACUACGCCUUGGAUCAUUUCCGUGUACCGCCGAAGAGAACAGUCUCGAAAGCGCUUUCACUUCGAAGUGGCAGGGGUCAUGACGAGCUCUGGCGUCAUACGAGAGAACCGUUGAAACAGCCUUUGUUGAAGAAACUCGUAGCGAAGGAAGAAUUGGCAAAUGAAGCGUGUUUCGCUUUUACUUCUAUCAUGAAAUACAUGGGAGAUCUUCCAUCGAAACGGUCGAGGAUCGGAAGUGAGAUCACAGAUCAUAUCUUUGAUGCACCGCUGAAGCAUGAAAUUUUAAGAGACGAGAUUUAUUGUCAAAUUAUGCGACAAUUAACGGAUAACAAAAAUCGUCUCUCAGAAGAGCGUGGUUGGGAGCUCAUGUGGCUGGCAACUGGACUGUUCGCUUGUAGUCAAGGUCUGUUGAAAGAGUUAAUGCUCUUUUUACGAUCACGUCGUCAUCCGAUAUCACAAGAUUCGAUCCAUAGACUGCAGAAAACUCUUCGAAAUGGACAACGGAAAUAUCCUCCACAUCAAGUCGAAGUGGAAGCAAUUCAACACAAAACUACUCAAAUCUUCCAUAAAGUUUACUUCCCCGAUGACACCGACGAAGCUUUCGAAGUUGAUUCUUCGACGCGCGCCAAGGAUUUCUGCCACAACAUUUCGCACAGACUCAAUUUGAAGUCCAGUGAAGGCUUUAGUCUCUUCGUGAAGAUUGCCGAUAAAGUCAUUAGUGUGCCGGAGGGUGAUUUCUUCUUCGAUUUCGUGCGGCAUUUGACCGAUUGGAUUAAAAAGGCACGACCGCGUGACAUCUCGAGCAUCCAAUUCACGUAUCAAGUGUUCUUCAUGAAGAAAUUGUGGACAAAUACCGUUCCAGGCAAAGAUAGAAAUGCAGAUUUGAUCUUCCACUAUCAUCAGGAGUUGCCCAAAUUGUUGCGGGGGUAUCACAAGUGUACCAAAGAAGAAGCACUCAAGUUGGCUGCGCUUAUUUACAGAGUCAAAUUCGGCGAAAGCAAGCAGGAAUUGCAAGCGAUUCCACAAAUGCUUCGAGAGCUCUUACCGUCAGACCUUAUCAAGUUACAAAGUACAAAUGAUUGGAAACGUGCUAUUGUGUCAGUUUUCAAUCAUGAUGCCGGUCUAAGUCCUGAAGAUGCAAAAAUACAAUUUCUGAAAAUUGUCUACAGAUGGCCCACUUUUGGUUCCGCAUUCUUCGAGGUAAAGCAAACAACCGAACAAAAUUAUCCCGAAUAUCUGUUGAUAGCAAUUAACAAGCACGGUGUCAGUCUAAUUCAUCCCCAGUCGAAGGAAGUACUUGUCACUCAUCCAUUUACGAGAAUCUCUAACUGGUCAUCGGGCAACACGUAUUUCCACAUGACGAUCGGUAAUUUGGUGCGUGGAUCUAAAUUAUUGUGUGAAACAUCGCUCGGAUAUAAGAUGGAUGACUUACUUACUUCAUAUAUUUCGUUGAUGUUAACUAACAUGAAUCGUCAGAGAACUGUUCGAUUAAACUAAAAAAAAAGUUUCUGGUCCAAAAUCC